AUGACCCUUCAACUUCCUCACCGUCAGGGCGCUCCGCUGUCGCCUGGCGACGUUCUUGUUGUCAUUCAUGACUUCGACGCCAGAAGCCCGGAUGAAUUGACCCUUCGCAAGACUGAUCAUAUUGAGUUGGUUGAGCUGGACAAUGGCUUUGGUGAUGGCUGGUACUUGGGACGACACUUGGGUCUGGGCAUAACCGGGUUGUUUCCCGGAGUCUAUACUGCGAAACUCCCCGCCCAAUUCACUCCGUUUCUCUCUCGGAGCACAACCGCUGUCAAACAAAAUGACCCCCCGAAGAUCGAGACAUCUGCUCCUUCUCCGAUUGUCACUGAAUCUUCUCCACCUGUUUACAGUCAAAUGGCAAAUCCAACCACCGCGACCAGGUCUUCUAUCCCCCCCGCGCCUACCGCUUAUUUUCCCGGAGUCUCUAGAAGUAUUGGACAAGCUCUUUCUGGGUCCUCCGGCGGGGAAGACUCCCCUGUCAUGAACGAAACACUCAGCGUCAUAGACGAGCACAUCACCGACCUAAGUACUCCACGCCAGAGCCUUGCCCCUCCUCGUCCUAUCACGGAGGAUUCUGAAAGUGACUAUAGCAGCCACCUCGACCCGACAUCCUACUCCUUUGUUACAGGCCCGGAGACAGACAGCGAGGAGAAUCCUCCGUUGACUGAGGCCCAGGUCAAAAAGUGGGAUCCCAAAGAGACAGCUGACCAUUUGAGAUCUCUUGGGGUCGAUUCCAAACACUGUGAUAUCUUCCAAGAACAGGAAAUCACUGGCGACGUCUUAUUGGAGAUGGACCAAUCCUUCCUCAACAUGAAAGAGUAUGAUUUUGGCCUUAUGGGUAGACGACUGAAGACAUGGCACAAAAUCCGUGAAUUCCAGGCUGAGGUUCGUAGCUCUCAGGACUCAAGGAAAGGCAGCCUCAAGCACAACACUUCCACUGAAGAUGUCACUCGCAUGCAUUCUAGAGCCUUGUCCGGCAAUACCAUUCUCCCCAGAAUUCCUAGCUUGAUGGAGGAGCCUGGCCUGUCAAUUCGCCCACCAGCAUCCUAUGCACAUCUAUCUGGAGACCCUCCCAUGUCUCCAAGCUCUUUCGCACGCACAAAUCUGGGUGCUGAGACUCCUCCAUCCCCAUGGCGAGCAUCCAUGGCUGCAGAAAGUCCAAUCAGGCCCUCGGCUGCUUCAAUCCGGGAACUAUCCCACUCUCGACGUCAUUCCUCCAUUGAAGUCGUCAAAACCGCCCAUCAUGAUCCACACUCAACUACAUCCACCACUUUGUCCUCGCAUAGGAAAAAUACUUCCUUUGAUCGUGAUUGGUCCAUGAGCAAUGCCACGACUGCAAAUACUGGGACCAGUACACCAUCGCUUAGACUAAACACUGGUACCAAACGAGAAAGCUUGGACCUCGCCACCGAUCUUCCAUGCGAUGGCGACCGCGCUGAUGUUGACCUCGAUCGUGGAUAUUUCAGUGGUAAUGAGGUUGAUAACCGAAAAGUUCGAAACCUCCUUAGAAAGCGAGAUUCUGUUGGCAGUCCAUCUCACUCUCGGCAAACAAGUCUGCUUGAUGAACCGAGCAAGUCGGUCGCGACAAAGCGACAUUCUCGCCUGAGCAGUGUCGACUCAAUCAGAGACCGUAACAGUACUGCUCUGUCUCCAGCCGCCAAAGCAUACCACAGUAGGACUUACAAAGGUCGGUUCCGCUCGGCUAGUGCCCGAAGUCUCAAUCUGGCAAAGUCCCCUAUCGCUCCAUCACCUACUGUUACCAAUUUAGAAGAUGAUAACCUGUCGUCUCUGUCAUCUCCCAGAGUCAACAGCAGUGUUCCAUCCCCAGCAAUAUCAACCACCGUGCCGUGGACGGCUUCGCAAAAAGCUAGAAAACUUUUAGGUUUGAGGGCUGCCUCUGAAGCUGUGACAGGAAAUGAGAAGGAAGCUGCAGUCGGAUUGAACAUUACCUCGGAGCCGCUAAGAGAAUCACCUACUGCAUCCACGGCUGGUUCACAGACGCCCUCGAUCGCGUCGAAAAGUUUCGAAGUUGACAGUACAGACACUUUGUCUAAAAGCACAGGUGAACAAUUAGCAGCAACCGGGCCUCUUCUCCACACCAAAAUGGCUGUCAGGACGAAGCCUAAAACAAAACAGCAAACAAGUGCCUACAAACGUGGCCUGUUGCACUUGUCGCCAGCAGAAGCGCGCCAGCAUUGUGACCACCAUGGCUGGAUGAAGAAGAAGUCAGCCGGACUGAUGGCAAGCUGGAAACCUCGCUUGUUUAUACUUCGUGGCCGGCGUUUGUCCUAUUAUUAUUCCGAGACUGACACGGAAGAACAGGGUAUAAUUGAUAUCUCGGGGCACAAAGUUCUUGUGGCCAAUUCCGACCCUAUCAUCACAAUCCAUGCAACUUUGACUGGGGCUGCUCUUUCUCCCUCGGUUGGAGGGGGGAGCUCUCCGGAAAAGAUCUUGCCUAACACGCCACGCACUCCCAGUGGAAGUGCUCCAUUCUACUUCAAACUUGUACCGCCCAAAGCCGGAGCCUCAAGAGCUGUUCAAUUCACAAAGCCAACCGUGUACUAUUUCCAGGUAGAUAAUAUCAACGAAGGCAGGAAGUGGAUGGGCGAGAUAAUGAAAGCGACAAUCGAGCACGAUCUCUCCAGUUUUGAAACAACGAAUCGGCAAACCACAAUCACCCUGGCCAAGGCACGCGCGAGAAAGGAGCGGCCGCCAGCCUUAAAGGGAACGGAAAACAUUUCAGAAAUGGCAGAGACACCCAGCUCUUCCGAGGAAAGAGAUCCACAAGAAAGUGGCUUGAAUAUACAAGGACUAGACUUUGAAGACUCGAAGCUCGACCUGGAGUUGGAAACGAGUCGGCUCAGUGGAUCGAAGCUCACCGCUGAGGAUGCACAGCCAAAGGUAGCGACAUAA